AUGUCAAGAUCGAACAACAAACCAGAAAAUGUAGCUAGAUUCUAUUUAGAUUGUGUAAAAGGGAAUAGAGGGUGUCCAAUUCUGCUAGGAACUGAUUGUGGAACAGAAAAUGGUGUGAUGACUGGAAUGCAAGGCUACUUUCACCAGAAUGGUCAAAAUGGAUUUGCUGGAGAGAAAACACAUAAGAAUGGUUCUUCACCUGCAAACCAGGGAAUUGAGGCUUGGUGGUCUCAUUUCAGGAGAGGUAGAGUAGCUUGGUGGAUAGACUUUUUUAAGGACAUGGUAAAUGCUGGAGUAUUGGACAUAGGUAAUGUAAUGCAAGUGGAAGCAUUAUGGUUUUGUUUCGAGGCAGUCAUUCAAAAUGAAUUAGACAAUAUUAAGCAGCACUGGAAUACACAUCGUAUGAGGCCCUCAUGA